AUGAUGAAGAACCCAAAAGUAAAGGAAUCUCUAACUUCUCGAUUAGAAUAAUAGGAAUGCUGUAAGUUGUAAGGACACGAGAACAACUUGAUUCAAUUUAUUUGUGCUUGUUAUGAAUGUCCAUAUCGUUAUUAGAAGGCAUGCGCACAUUGUGUAAUCAAAUUGCAUGGGAAACAUGUGGAAGACAUGAAGGAGAUCGAGGAAUUCGAUUAAAUUAUCAAUGAGAACAGUAAGAGGGCAAAGAGUUUGAUGAAGGAGAGUGAGGAACUCUUUUUAAAAUUGAAAAACCCAUUUGGGAAUUUCUUUGAAUAAUUGAAACUACAAAUAAAUGAAAUGAUAGAUAGUAUUCAGUAACGGUAUUUGUUGUAAAAUCAAGAGAGAGCAUAAUAACUAAUAAGAAAUGAAUUGGAUUUUAUUAAUUAGUUCAAUUAGAAUGUGAAUUCUAAGUAAAAUCGCUAUUUGAAUGAUCAUACUCUAAAGUAGUAUAGUAAUUCAAUAAAGACAGCAUAGGAGAAAUUGAGUAACGCACUUUCUCUAUUUGAAUUGAAGUAGUUGUUGGAAUCGAAUUUGAUAUUGUUGCUAGAAGAUUUUGGCAAGAACACAGGAGUCAGUUAUAUUGUCAACACAAGUCGAAAUACGAGUUAGAGACAUAGUAGUUGUCACAAUAUAAUGACUCCAAGAUCGGCAUUGAAUGUGUUUAAUCACAAUAUUAGUGCAACCAGAUCUAAAAAAAUUAGAAUUUGA